AUUGCUUUUCGCUACACCAAUCAAAUCAUUUUCUCCACUUAUUUCUCCCAUCAAUACAACAACACCACUUUCAAAAAUUCAUUUCACAAUGAAGAACAUCAACAACAUCAACAACAAUCAUAACUCACUAUCCACCCUCUUCAAUGCUAGAUUACAUUUAUCAAAUCUUUUCUCCGUAAUUAUUUUUUUCAGUUUCGGUUUAUGUUUUGGUAUCAUCCUCACUUUCCAUUUAAAAAACGUCUCAUUCAAUCUUCAAUUCACACAAUUAUCAAUAUCCACCGACACCAACACCAACACCGACACCAACACCAACACCGAUACCAAUACCAACACCAACACCAACACCAACACCGAUACCAAUACUGAUACCAAUACCUAUAUCAAUACCAAUACUGAUACUGAUACUGAUACCAAUACCAAUGUUGUUGUAUCAUCGCCAUCUCCACCACCACCACCAACGUCACAGAUAGAGAUCGGGAUGGAAAAGUGUACAUAUCUGACGGAUGUAACGCGUGAAAUGACCGAAGACGAGUUGAUUUGGAGAGCGUCUAUGGUUCCUAGAGUGACCGAGUAUCCGUUUGAAAAAACACCAAAGGUGGCAUUCAUGUUUUUGACAAGGGGAUCGGUGUUGUUGUCACCUUUGUGGGAUUUGUUUUUUAAAGGGCAUGAUGGUCUUUUCAGCAUUUAUGUUCAUAGUUCCGGUUUGUCUUCCAAUUGGACAGAGCCAGAAGAGUCUGUUUUUUAUGGCCGGAGAAUUCCCAGCAAGGAUGUCGAAUGGGGGAAAGUAAGCAUGGUUGAAGCGGAGCGUCGGCUACUAGCUAACGCGCUACUCGAUUUUUCAAACCAACGAUUCGUUCUCCUCUCGGAGUCAUGCAUUCCGCUAUUUAAUUUCUCGACGGUUUACUCUUAUUUAAUCAACUCUAAACAUAGUUAUAUCGAGUCCUAUGACUUGGCGGGACCAGUUGGUCGAGGGCGGUACAACUGGAAAAUGCACCCGACGGUUAAACUUCACGAAUGGCGAAAAGGGUCACAAUGGUUUGAAAUGAGCCGUGAGCUAGCAAUUGAGGUGAUAUCUGACAAGACUUAUUUUCCGGCCUUUCAAGACUAUUGCAACGGUUCAUGUUAUGCAGACGAGCACUACUUGCCUACGUUUGUUACACUUAAAUAUGGGGAAAUGAAUUCAAACCGGACUUUGACUUAUGUCGAUUGGUCAAAAGGUGGACCUCAUCCGUCGCGGUACACGAGGUACGAUGUUACGCGGGAUUUUUUGGAGAAGUUGAGGAGUGAAAGAAGUUGUGAGUACAAUGGGAGAAGUAACGAGACGUGCCAUUUGUUUGCUAGAAAGUUUACACCACAUGCUUUGGACAGGUUGUUAAGACUGGCACCAAAGAUUAUGCAGUUCAACUCAUAGCUCUUUCACAAUUUUGUAUUCAUUAAUUAUUUGUUAUUCUGAUUUACCGGAUUAAUAAUAGAAUCAUAUAUUGGAUUUUUU